AUUCAAUCGAUUUGAGUAUACACCGUGAUAAAGGGCUUUGCAAGCAACCCCUCUCUUUUGACGAUGGAAAGAAAGUUUCACCGGCAAAAAAUUCUUCACAGAGAUCACAAACGCGAUGCGGUCUCAGUAUUUCAUCAGAUAUCGCAAAGUGCGCGAAGUGGUUUCGACUCGAAGCGAAGAAGCGACAGCGAACAACCGAAGCGGCAUCGAAAAGAUGACAUCGGGGACCUCGCAAGAAACACCGAGCGAAAUAACGAACUAUCACAAAAAGAGAAGUUAAUCAAGAAUGGAAAGAUCGUCGUAGACAGGAACAACUUCGAGAAAAGUCGACCAUGGCCAAAGUCGCUUAUCGAAAAGGUCGAAGAAAUGCUCAAAAUCGAAGAGCAUCAUGUCAUUUCCUUGGAAGACAUUACAAAUGUAGAGUGGUGUCCCAAAUUUGUCAAACCAGAAAUCCAUGGGCAUGUAAGAGGAGGCAAGGCUUUGGCUCAUCACAGGUGUCACGAAUGCAGGCGUCUGUGUCUCCAUCUUCUUGGUCGCCCUGGAUCAAAAAGACAGUGUUUGGAAUGUUCAAGGAAAUGGAAUAAGAAAUAUAUUCCGGUGUGGUAUUACCACAACGGCUGUAAAUAUUGCAGAAGAAAGUGAACUUCAAGUUACAGAAAAAGCUGUUAGACAACUUUAAGCGAGCUUAUUUAACCGGCAAUGCCUCAGUUUUCAUUUUUACUUGGUGUUGAGAACCGGUUAGCUGCGAAAUUUGGAUAAUUGCAAGUUGUUUCGCAUUUCUUUUUUCAAAGCAUUGUUGCGGCUCAUGCUCGGUGAAAUAACCUCACCGACCACACAACACAAAGGAAACCGAAGAGUGAAGAACUUGCUGAAAACGCUAGCUAACCGGUAAGCAAAGAGGGCCUACCCUGGGACCUUAAGGCCCGGUCCAAACGGCGCUCCACUUUCAUGUGCCGAACCAAACUCGACUGAGUUCGAGUUUGGAGUGACUUUGGAGCGACGGCUGAUUCAGACGGCGACUUGCGUCGAAUUCGGGAAGCUCUUGGUAAACAAUUUUCGAUGAGAAAAUAUGCGUUCUGAAUUCAAGGACUCCGUCCAAAUAGAGAAACUGUGAGUAAUAUGUCGCUGUUAUAGCAAUAUUUAGGGAAGCAAAUUCAAUCGCAAGAUUCAGUGCUCGUAUUUUGAGAGGUUUUCUUCAGGUAAAUUCGACCUGUUAAAGGGAAAUCUCAUAAGCUGGGCUAUCAUCACGAAGAAAAAGCAAAAAAAUGAAUUGGCGCUAAAGAAACUCGCUUAUACAGUCCCGUUUCUCCUAAAUCGAAGGCAUAAUAAGCUCCGAAACGCGAAGUAAAAAAAAUUGCUAAUGUAUGAAAUCGCGGUCGCGUUUGUUUAUUGUAGACAACGGAAAAUGGAAAACUUUUCAUAGUAAAGACGAUACUGAUGGCAAAUUGUGGAUGGAAGUGACUGUUGUUACUUCUUUGGAUGAUGAGUAGCGACGUAGUUGUCCUCACAGCAAACAAUAAUGACGUAAAUUGAACUGUACUCCUUGCGCAUGCAAGACUGUUAAGGGACCAGUCACAAUUUAAGUUGGAGGGGGGGGAGGAGAAAUUGGGGGCCUUCAAUUUUUUUUUUUGAUUCAAUAUGGGAGGCCUUAAAAUGCCGAAAGAUGACCUUGGGGGGUCUUCAAGUUUCUUUUAAGUAGCAUCCCUACUGAGCAGCUUGAUGUUUGAGUAUUAAAGGACCCGAUUUUGAUUCAGUUUUACACAAAGUCCUAUAUUGUAUAAUACUAAAACAAUUUAAUGAGCAUUUUGACAAAAAGAUUUAAUGCUCAAAUAGUAGGUGCAUCAACAAAACAUCCAUUAUUGUGUAACACUGAAACAAUUUCAUCGGCAUUUUAACAAAUGAUUACAUGCAUUAAGUCAUGUUAUGCAAUCUCACUAUCUGAAUCAUUAUUAUUUUGUAGAUGGGGUUGAUGUGGACUCACUGUAUGUAUCACUGUCAAGUUUUUUGCUAUUAGAGCAUGUACUGCUCAUUUAAAAAGCAGUAAGCUUUGGCUGAUUAUCUUCUUUCUUCCUUGAAGCGGUCCUGUCGGCCUCUCACCUUUCGAUGGCUUGUCUUAUCUCAAUUAUAACACAAUCACUGAUAUAUCCUUGCUUUAUCAGCUGUUUGAGAGGCUCUAGGUGAAAUCUCUUUCUCAGUUUAGUGUGAAGUGCUUCUCUGUUGUUAGUUGGCAUAUUCGGAAGUGACAGUGAGUAAGAACGGUAAAGUAAAGAAAAUGUUAUUUGUUAUUACCAUUUGGGUAUUACGUAAGAAAGGGGGGCCCUUAAAUCUUUUAACAUGAUUGAAGGGGGGUACCUAAAAAACAUGGGUACUAUUAGAGGGGGUCUGGAAAUAAUUUGGGAUAAAAAACAAUUUCUCCUCCACCCCCUCCUCCAACUUAAAUUAUGACUGGUCCCUAAGUCGUCGUCUGGUUUUGAUAGAAUAAGGAAACUAGACUACAAUUACUCUCAUUGGCAAAUUUUAUCUUUUGUUUGCCCCUCGAAAUACCAUGUGACAUUGCUUUUAUUCCGUCGAACCUAAAGCUCGUGUCACAUCC